UCACUAUGCACUCGUAAAACAGCUCGGUCUACUACAAUCGCGGCGGUGCAGGUGCUCUGUCUCUUCGAGAGAGGAUGCGGACGGAAGGACGGGGGAGGGAAGGGAUGAAGGGAAUCGCCGAUAGGAAAGUGCAUAGAAUAUGAAUAAAAGGGCGUCGAUAAGAGCGCGCGCGGUGCAAGGUCGAAUAUGACAGAUUCGUUGAACGGGGCACUUUGCGUUGUAAUAGCUGGUCGGCAAUAGUACUAUGAUUUGGUAUGUGGCCACUUUGAUAGCAAGUGUAUUCAGCACCAGAGGAACGGCCGCUCAAGGUCCCCACGGAGUGAGAGAGGAGCCCCGGUUUUUGACGGCGCGCGCUGGAGAGAGCGUGAUCCUGGGAUGUGACGUGUCCCCUCCCCUGGACGGCCAGCAGCCCCCCUAUGUGGUGGAGUGGUUCAAGUUCGGAGUGCCCAUCCCCUUCUUCAUCAGCUUCCGCUUCCACCCUCCUCAUGUCGACCCAGAGUACACCGGUAGAGCCAGCCUGCAUGGGAAGGCGUCUCUUCAGAUUGACCCAGUGCGCUCAGAGGACCAGGGCUGGUACGAGUGUAGGGUUCUGAUGCUGGAGCAGCAAUACAACACCUUCCACAAUGGCAGCUGGGUGCAGCUCACAGUCAAUGCCCCUCCCACUUUUACGACCACACCCCCACAGUAUGUGGAGGCCAAGGAGGGGGGCAGCACACUGCUGACUUGCUCCGCCCAGGGAAACCCCAAACCAAUGAUCAGCUGGCUGAGGGAGGGGGAGGAGCUUGCAAGCAGUGGAAAAUACACGGUGCAUGAUGGGAGUCUGACGGUGCUGGGGAUCACUCGGGACGACAGAGGGGCGUAUACGUGUCGAGCCUUCAGCGACCAGGGAGAGGUACUCCACACCACCCGUCUGCUGGUCCAAGGGCCACCGUAUAUUAAGUCACCACCAGAGAACAUCACUGUCAACAUAUCCCAGAAUGCACGCUUCACCUGUCAAGCAGAGGCCUAUCCUGGAAACCUGACCUACACCUGGUUUUGGGAGGAAGAUAACGUCUACUUCACUAAGAAUGACCUGAAAAACCGAGUCCGCAUUCUCAUUGACGGAACCCUCCACAUCUUCCGGGUGAAACCAGAGGAUGCUGGGAAAUACACCUGCAGCCCAAGCAACAGCCUUGGAACUCCACCGUCAGCAUCAGCACACCUCUCUGUUCAGUACCCUGCCCGUGUGCUCAACAUGCCCUCCAUCAUAUACGUUCCACGGAAACUUCCAGGGGUCAUCCGCUGCCCGGCGGACGCCAACCCGCCGGUGAUAUCAGUGAAGUGGGAGAAAGAUGGCUACCCUCUCAGAGUGGAGAAGUACCCCGGAUGGAGCCAGGCACCGGAUGGGAGUAUCCGGGUGGCGGAGGCCACAGAAGACUCCCUUGGCACUUACACCUGUAUGCCUUACAACACCCUGGGUACAAUGGGCCAGUCUGACCCGGCCACUCUGGUGCUAAAGGAUCCCCCCUACUUUAACGUGAGGCCUGGUGGGGAGUACCGCCAAGAGGCUGGUAGAGAGCUGGUCAUCCCCUGUGCUGCCUCGGGAGACCCUGAGAUACCAACCAUCACCUGGAGGAAGGUGGGGAAGCCCAGCAAGAGUAAGCACAACAUCCUCCCCAGCGGCAGCUUACAGUUCCUGUCCCUCAGCAAGGAGGAUCAUGGGGAAUGGGAGUGUGUGGCCACCAAUGUGGUCACCAGCAUCACUGCCAGCACGCGCCUCCUCGUCAUCGGCACCAGCCCACAUGCUCCAGGCAACAUUCGUGUGUUGCCCUCGGUGACCUCGGCCAAUGUGUCCUGGGAGCCGGGUUACGACGGAGGCUUUGAGCAGACAUUCUCAGUGUGGUAUGGCCCAGUGUUGAAAAAGGAGAAUUUUGGCCCCCAUGACUGGCACUCCAUGCCGGUGUCGGGGUCUCAGACGUGGUUGGUGGUGCCGGGGCUGGAGCCCAGGACAGAAUACCAGUUCAGCGUCCUGGCACAGAACAAGCUGGGCACAGGCCCUUUCAGCGAGGUCGUGACGGUUAACACAGUAGUGUCUCCCCUGAGUACCCCUGAACCACAGGUGCUUCUUACUCCACCACGGUGCCUCACAGCCAAUCGCACACAGCACGGCGUCCUGCUCACAUGGCUCCCGCCAGCCAAUCACUCCUCGCCUGUCGACCGCUACAUCAUGGAGUUCCGUCUCGGGGAGAGGUGGGAGGUCCUCGACGAUCUGAUCGCUGCCGCUGAGACUGAGCUGAUGGCCAGGGACCUAGUCCAGGAGUCCUGGUAUGAGUUCAGAGUCAUGGCCGUCAUGGACGACCUCAUCAGUGAGAGCAGUAAUGUGGUGGGAGUGUCCAGCACAGAUCCCUUCCCCCCUACGGAGGUGACUGAAGAGGGGUUGGCGCUGCCCGUGGUAGCAGGCGUUGUGGCAACCAUCUGCUUUCUGGCGGCUGCGGUGCUCUUCAGUACUCUAGCAGCCUGCUUCGUCAACAAACAGCACCAACGCAAACUCAAACGUAAACCAGACCCUCCCCUGUCUGUAACACACUUCAGGAAAAGCAUUGACUCAUCGCUGUCCUCUGGGAAGAUCAGUCCAGAGAGCUCCCCUCCUGCCUCGCGGCCCCAGUCCCUGUCCUCAGAUGGGGCCCACGGCCCGGGCCUGUACGUCAGGAGACUGCCCAGCCCUCAGAGAGACAAGGACAAAGAGCUCUCCUUCUACAAGAAAACCAAGCGUGCUAUAGCCAGCAAGAAGUACAGCGUGUCCAAGCAUGAGGCAGAGGUCACCAGCCCCAUCGAGCUGAUCAGCCGCGGUCCCGACGGCCGUUUCAGCAUGGCCAGCCCGCCAUCAGCCCACCGCCGCAUCCAGGGCUUCCCGUUCGCUGAGGAGUCCGACAUGUACCCCGAGUUCCGGCAGUCCGACGAGGAGAAUGACUUUGACCCCGGGCCCCUGCCCCCGAUCAUGGCCACGCUCCGACCACAGCUCUCCCCAACAUCCUCCAGUCUGGAGUCCAUGCAGCCCCCCAACUACAGCCCCCGCCUCCACAGGCCCAUGGAAGGUAUGAGCUUUGUGGAGGGCAGUGGGCAUCAUGCUGCAGGGCAGGCCCCAGCCUCCCGCUACAGGGACUUUCCCCAGGUCCCCUUCUAUGGGUAUCUAGGCAGCCGCGGUGAAUCGGGGAUUCCGCCACCUUUUUACAUGCCGGACAUCAGUCCGCAUAGCUCCGCUCUGUCCUCCCCCCCCAGGACUGCUGACGGGGGGCCCUACGGUUAUCCCUCCAUCCCAGAGGAGAGGGAAGAGAUGGAGCUCCAUCAUCAGUACACUUCCUCUGGCCAUUCCCUCCCACAUCCACACAGCCCUCGCUCCCCUCGCUCACCUGACAGCUGGCAGCCUCACGAGUUCCCCUUCCUGGGUCUGGAGGGGCCCCGCUUCAUUUAUCCACCUCAUGAUCCCUUACAUCAUCACCAGGACCUUCCUGACCCUCCACCAUACCCCCCUCUCCACUCUCUCCCCCCCAGCCGCCUGCACCUCCCCAGCCCUCGGCUCCUGCAGUUGGAGGUCCCCAUGGCUCCACAGGGCAGAGACCAACCCCCAGGCCCUCCAGCUAGGCGCUUAGCUAUGCAACAGGCCCAGAGUCUCGGCCAGCUCAGACACACAUCCCAUGGUGUGGGUGUACCAGUGUUGCCUUACCCUGACCCAUCAGCCCGUGCAGGGAGCCCAAGCACCGCCCCUAGCAGCAGCCCCCAGUCCUGGCUCAGCCCGAGGUCAGGGCGUAGGACAGACCCCUCCCUGCCCCCGCUGGUCCUCCAACCUUCCCGCCUCUCCCCCCUCUCCCAGAGCCCCCUUAGCACCCAGCCAGGUUCCCCAGAUAUCCUAGUCCGCCCACCACCCCACCCCAGCAUCCUCCGCACCUCCCGCUCUCUGGAGAUGCCUGAGAUCACCCUGCACCCCCAAGCCACCGUCAGUUUCUCCCGAAGGUCCUCCCUGGCCUCCUCUCCCACCCAGGCCCAGCAGGGAAGCCGCAGGCCCAGCCCCAGUUACCGUCCCCACAUGUCCUAUGCUUCUACAGCAGCCAGUUACCCAUCCCAGUCCCCCUCUCCCCCCUUGGAGGGCAGGGAUGUGUUCGGGCAGUGGCCGUCCCAGAGGAGGACAGAGGAGGAGAUGCUGCCCUCAGAGCCCUCCCAACUCCAGAUAUCCGCCUCAGGGGAACCUCUAGGUGCGUCUAGUGAUCCUGCUGGGUCUGAGAGCUUACAGUCACUGCUACACCACUGUAUUACUAAAGCCAAGAGAGUGGCUGCCAACACCAAUAACAACUCCACUUCCAGGAGAAGAACAGGUGUGUCUCUCUCUCAGACCCAGCAGCAAUCCCAGACCCCCUCGGCUCACAGAGAAGAUCUCUACCUCCACAGGAAGAGGAAAAGGCAGAACAGGAAGAACCCAUAUCUCUUUUUAACCUCCCUCCUGCACCGCAGAAGACGCUCUGAGGAGGACCAGGCGGCCAUCCUGGCCAGUACAGACUCAGACGGGCCCAACUACAGGACUCUCCACUGACCACUGACCAGUAUGUCCACUACUGUCACUCACAGACAGGUCAAGCCAUGGGACGUGACUACAUUGACCCGCCAACCUAGAUCUCCCUUAAUUCCAUUCAGCUUUUGGCAGUGGGUAACCUGUCUCUAGCGUUUUCCAAAUAAUUUACAGACAAAAUGAAGAUGUUUUCCGUGUCUCCCUGAGGAUAAUGUAGUGAGGGUCACCAGAUAAAACAUCUGUAAUGUAAAUACAUAAAAUAAUGAAAAAGGGGACAAUAUCUCCUAUUGUAGUAAAAUGCAUUGAUCUAAAUAAUUCACAACACCUUAAAAGUCACUGGUCAGGAGGAGUCUAUCUGAGGUGUUACAGUGACACAGUGGACUAAACCUGGUGCGUUCCUUAGACAAGGACCUCAGUCUACCUUUCCUACAAUUCAAAUAGUGUCAGUAUCUAACACAGGGUACUUAUCGCAAAAUAUACCUCAGAGUAAGUGCAGAAUUGCAGUAAUUCUAUUGGACUAUACGUAUUUUACAUUAUUUUUCAAAUGAAAUGUAUGAAAGAAAUGGUAUAUAAUAUCAUUCACUUCACACAUGAAUUGGAUGCUAUGGCCUGAAGUCUGAUUUUCAUCCGCUUUUAAUAUCGAGCCCAAUCUGCAUAUUUUGCUUAAUCCCAAAAGAAUAUCAUCCAAUACAAGGCGCGGUAUGAUAUUGGUAUAUUUCAAAUCACUAAAAGACAUGUCCUCACUCUCUUGCAUUUAACCAUGUGAUCACAUCCAGUAAAGGUCAGCCCACGUUCUUCUUGCUAAGACAUACAGUAACUUUGUGUUCAAGAGGCCAAAUGUACACUUGAUAGGGUGAGGACAGAAAAGGGGUGAGAAAAUGUGAUAAAUGUGUAUACAGUGUUUUUCAUUAAUAUGGAGGAAACCUCGAGUCAUUCGUGGAGUAUGGCACAUCUCAAGGUGCCUUGUUUGCCUUUUCUCUCUUGUUUUUGAAAAGUGAAUUAACUGCCUUUUCCUUCGCCUUCACGCAUUCUCUCUCUCUCUGUUGGGACUCAUUAUAAGCUCCAGUCUGACCUGUGGACUGACUCUACUUUUUCUGCCAAGAACACCUAGCUGUGAGUAAGGGGCACUGAAGGUGUAUUACUCUGGUUCUUUUUUUAAUCUUGACUGUGUAUAUUCUACUAAUAGAACAGACCUAUAACAACAAUUAGUGAUUAUGAUGACAGUGUUAAUCAUUUCAGGUUUCAAAUUGUGGUAAUGCUAUAACAUAGAUAUAAAAAAAAAUCACAAUUUAAUCAACAUUUAAAUGUAAAAGGUACAGAAGUAGUUAUUAUGCAGAAAGUGAAACUUGCCACUGAUGUUCAUAUUUCAAAACAGCUGUAAUACUGAAUACUGUAUUGAAAGAUCUGAUUGCUGUUGCUUUAUUAGGCGAUUUUAACAAGUGGGCUUGUUAGAUGACAAGUGACAACAUUUGUGUUACAUUAACUAAACUCAAAAGGUGGGGUGGCUGUCUCGACUCUCAACUGUUUAUCUCUAGCAACGGUAUAAUAUUACCUGCUAGCUAUUUCUCUAUGUUUAUUCAUUUUAACACUAACCGAUAAUGAAUGUAUGUUUUGCUGUACAGGAAGUGACUGUCCUGAUGUCAUAGUACAACGGAUGUGGUGGUAUUAAGUUUAGGUUUAAUUGGCUAGUUGGCUAGUUGGCACAAUAGGUUGAUUUGAUUUAUCCCACAAGGUUAGCUGGUUAACCAAGGAUAGGUUCAACCACUCUUGGUUGAAUUCUUUCCUUUACACUGAUAGUUAAUAUUAUAAUUUUCUUCUCACCAUGUAAACUAGACCUAUUAGAGCGCUUUAAGCUUACACACUGACAAGAUGAAUCACUGGAAGACAUUGACAUUUUAAACCAGUUGUCUGAUUUGGAGUCACUUUUAUCUUUACUGAUAGCAAUUCAGGAGUUGAACUAGACAUAACAACUCUCUGAAUGUAUGUUAAUUGAACCCCUCUCUGCUUGCUAUAGAAUAUAUAUCAGUGAUCAAAACAUCAACUUUAUCUGCCCUCUUCACUCACUUUCCAACCUAUUUUUUUUAAUUGGUGAGAUAGUGACGAUUUUGUGGAAUGAAGUUAUUUGAAAUUGAUACAUCAACGUGCAUAUUCCAAGAAUUGGUUAUAUGUAAGAUAUGGGGAAAAUCUAUAUUCAUAAUGUAUACAUGGUGUGUACUGUAUUUGUGAAGAUGAAACAGAAAGAUAUUUUGUUCAUUAUUCUUGAGGACAAAAAUAGAGAGACAGAUUUAAAGCAAGUUAAUAUUAGAUGUGAUGAAAGUAUUUGCUUUAAGGCUUUAAGUGGACAAUAUUUAUAAAACAUCUUAAGGUGCUUCGUUUGUCAUGUUUUCGGAGACGUUAUUUUACAUUUAUGGAAAAGUAAAUGUUAGCACAGAACAAAUGUUUUAUUGUCAUGUGGGCCUGUUGGCUGCACAAGUUCAGUAGUAUUUAUUCUGUUGUAUAGUAUGUGAAUGAAUACCAAUUUGAAAAGCAUCAAUGUGUCAUUGCUGGACUAAACCUUAUCUGAAACAGAAAACUUUUUUUCCCCACAAGCACACAGGUAGAUUCACUCAUGAUCACUUGCAUCCAGAUGUCCAAAGUAUGAGAGAAACAAAAGAGAGCCACAAACAAUCUAAUAGUUAUGGGGUACUGUAUGUGCUGCAACCGAAGUCGUGUUUACAUUAGCUAGAGAUGACGUACGUGCUACUAGGACGUAGUUGCUUUCAACAUUAUGACUUGGUGCUAUGUUUAACUCUGUGGUGCUGUAGAUCAGAGCCCUACUCUCUUGAAGUCCUCUGUGUUUUACCAACUCAACUAGUCCCAUCGUUGUAAGUCCUAUUAAUAAACUAGUGUGAUUGGCAAUGAGCAAAUUGUAUUGAUUGUGGAAUCAGAUAGUGGCAAUAGAUAGUGUGGUGACAUUCAAAAAAUACAUCAAAGAGACUUAGAAUAAUGUAGCAAUGGAACAAUAGUUAGUUUCCGUCUCUGUUCCAGCCUCUGUCUGUGCUUCCAGGGUACCCUCUCCAAAAUGUUUUACUUGUGUUGAAGGGGAGAUAUAAUACCCAGAUUAGAUGGGGAAACCUACUUGGUGUGAAGUUAUUUAUCAGUACUUUUGAUCAGUAUUAAAUAUGUAACAGCAGACCGGGGAGGGAAUCUGAGCCCAUGGUCAGGGCAUGAGAAGGUCGUUCUACACUACACACUUCCUACAGGUUAAAAACUAUUUUUGAUGGACAGCACUGUUUUCAAGCACACUACUGCAGGGGCAUAACCUUCUUACGUGAUUUCUCUCCACUGUUGUCACAAAGUCUCCUAUUGGGGGACAGUAUUGUACAGUAUAGCCAAUAAGAGUAUUCAUCAAACAGCGUUUGUAUUUAAGCUGAUUCUUCUCGUAUGUUUUGGUAAAGGUAUUGCUGACACAUUCUUCACAUAGACUUUUACUAAUGUAUGUAGUCUUCCGGGCUCUCUUGCUUUUUCAACAACAAAAAUACAUACAGUAUGUAAGAGGGCUGCUUUGGAGGUACAGAUGUAGGAUCUUAAUUUGAGCCAAUUUGCUACAGCAGGAAAAUAAACCUGCAGCAAGAGAAAAUUUGAAUUAUUAUAGUGAUUAUAAUUAAUGGACAUUUUUGUAGGGGCUGAUAUAUUUUUCUUAAGGGAAAAUCAAGUCUGAAAUGUCAAAGUGGAAAUUACAAACUUCAGAAGCCUUUUUAAACCUCAAAUACACUACAAGUGUGAAAUAUCAUGCAUUGCAGGAAAGUUCUCCUGCAACAGGGCGAUCAAAUUAAGAUCCUGUACUGUUAGAUCAACUUUUAUUUUGUAUUUUUCUGCUUAAAGGCUUUUAGUGCAUAAGUAGGAGCUGGUAUGAUUAUACUUAGAGCAAAUUUGAUUUAACUAUAUUUAUCUUGCAUGUAGAGACAAUACAAAAGAGCCUAUUCAGCAAUCAGUCAUAAACUUUCAACCUGGUUGUGAUCAGACAGAAAAUGGAAUAUGUAGUAUUUUCUAUGUUCUCUGUUUUUCCGUGUGUACCAGCACUGAGGAAAUAGAAUGUAUUAUUACUGUACAAUAAGUGCUACAUCUUUGACUGUUUUAACUAAUGCUCCUCAUCCUCAAGCAAACCAGUAGUGCUUAAAGGAAGAAUAUGUAGUCAUGUCAUAGCAUAUUUUCAUCCAUUGAGGCAUGUGCGUGUGCUGUACAUCACGUUUACAUUCUAUAUUUUAUGUUGACAUCUUCUGUGCAUAAUCUGUUUCAAUAUGCCUUUUUCAACUGAAACAAUUGAUCUAUAUCAGACUGUUCAUAUGUAAAUAUUCCAAAGCAAAAACAUGAAACAUAUUUUACUUUUUGUCUAUUUUACAAUGAUAACCUGCGGAUCAUUUGGAGCUUCAUCAUUCAGUUAUGUUUGAUUGACAUCAGGAAUUAUUUUACACUUAACUUUUAUGUGACCAAUUAACUCAUCCACUGUAUGGUGCUGUACCAAAGCCUUAUGUAAAAUACUAGUCUGUGUUGAUUUUCUCUUUUGCCACUGUUGUCCCGGGAAUUCAAUAUUGUCUGGGAUCACGUGUUGCUCACUUCAUGUUCAACUGCCAUGGAACUUCUUCUUCAAAAUAAACCCUGAAGAAAAAGCAUAAACGCACUGGCCUAAUACCACCAGUGGCUUCUAGAGAAUAGGUGACAAAGGCUUAUGACCUGUGGCAUAGGCUCAAGACAAAGUGACAUACGUUUAUUAAAAAAGGCAUUGGCAAAUUUGUUGUAUCAUUGGCUCAUGAGCGGUUUGUGACAUAGACAUACAGCAUGUUCUAUGAUGAUCCAUGGCAUGCCAAUAAUAAGUGGAAAGCAGCGUUGCGUUCAUGUCCAUCAUGUGUCAAUUUCCAACGCUUAGUCCAAUGUAAUAUUUUCCUCUUAAAUUUUUGUAUUUUGAUAUAAUAAAAAUCUAAAACGUG